GAGACGGAAAAUUAAAUUGUGAGAGGCUGUUCUUCUGCAGCGGUAGAGACAGUCGUACUCCGGAGUCAGAUCAAUAAUUGGACGUGUCUGGCCUGGAUUAGCGAAAAUGGUUGGGCCUGCGAGACCUCUUUUUGUGCUAUUUGGUUCUUCCAUAGUUCAAUUGAGCUUUGGCAAUGGCGGAUGGGGUUCUAUUAUUGCCGAUUUGUACUCCCGCAGGGCAGAUAUCUUGCUACGCGGCUAUAGUGGUUGGAAUUCUAGGCAGGCUCUACAGGUUUUGCAUCAUGUCUUUCCAAAGGACAGUGCCAUUCAACCUUCAUUGGUGAUAGUCUACUUUGGUGGCAAUGAUGCAGUGCUUCCUUUCCCUUCUUCCCAGAAGACUUUGGUGCCACUUCCUGAAUACGUAGAGAACAUGAAGAAGAUAGGCAUUCAUCUCAAGAGCCUCUCGGAGAAAACCCGAGUCAUCUUCCUCACAGCUCCGCCCGUGAGCUAUGCUCUAAUUAAAGAAAAACUGAGCGAGGAACACGCGAAAUGUCGAACACUGGAAUCAUGUCGUAAGUACGCGGAGGCUUGUAAAGAACUUUGCAAGAAGAUUGACGUGAAAUGCAUAGAUGUGUGGAGUGCAAUUCAAAAGAGAGAUGACUGGCUCACUUCUUGCUUCACGGAUGGCAUUCAUUUCACAGCAGAAGGGAGCCAGAUAGUUGCAGAGGAAAUUUGUAAGGUUUUGGAAGAGGCAGACUGGGAACCAAGUUUGCACUGGAAAGAAUUGCCUAUUGAAUUUGGUAGUCCCACUAAGCCAUCCAGCUCUGCAAGGCAAUGUUGUGUGAAUGGGAAUGGAUCUCUCACAUCUCCCUUGCAAACGUAGGCAUAUGGAUUAAGGCCUAAAAGGAAUAAAAGUCCUUGACUGCUACUUUUGGGAUCCAACACAGUAAUGGGCUCAGCCCACUCCUACAGAUUAAUGGGCUUCUUUAUCGAUCGAAGUAGCCCAUCACGUGUAGCAUUUGAGAUUUAGUUUUUCCUUUCUUUUCCUUUUCUAAUUAAAUAAAUAAACCUUAUGAAAUAGGUAUAUGCUGUUUGUGUGCUUGUCUGUGUGUAUCAGAACUAAGCUAAAUAAAUAAAUUAUUAAUUCGUG